ACCAAAUGUGUGUGCAUAAAUAUCUGAAAUCACGUUCCAACGUUACCACGUUGUGGUUUGACUUUUCUUCAUAUUCAAAGAUAUUUAGCUUUUCGAGGUAUUGUGGUCAAAUAUAUUCAGUUAAGAUCGCAUCGCGUUACUGCAUACACGUUUAAGUCUAGCUCCUUCGAAGCAGCGAUUUGGAGUUACAAAAACUUUAAAUUUGAAAAAUACUAUUGUUCCAGAAAUCGAGCUUCUUAAAGAGAUAGUGCUAUGCAGCAAAGAGGUUUAAGUGCUUUAGUAGUUAUCCUUGGAGUAAUAGCGCAAGGUAGCUGCGGUCCCGUUCAAGCAUCCGAAUGCCCAGAAAAGAUAGGUGAACAGGCAUACGCACACACUGAGCGAUGCGACCAAUUCUUCCUAUGUACAAAUGGAACCCUGACUUUGGAAACAUGUGAGAAUGGUCUUUUAUACGAUGGAAAAGGAGCUGCACAUAAUCAUUGUAAUUAUAAUUGGGCUGUUGAUUGUAAGGGACGGCAAUGGGAUCCAACACCAAUAUCAACACCUGGUUGUGAAUACCAAUUCGGCAUUUACCCAGUCUCAAAGGAAUGUUCCACAACUUAUAUAAAGUGCGCUUACGGAGAACCAAUCGAACAAGAAUGUGACGCCGGUCUGGCCUACGAUGAUCGAACCCACGGUUGUAACUGGCCCGAUCAGCUUUUACAUGUUUGUAAUCCAGAAGCGGUCGUGGGUUUCAAAUGUCCGACAAAAGUUGACUCGAGCUCACCAGCUGCACGCUUUUGGCCAUUCCCACGUUUUCCCGUUCAGGGAGAUUGUCAUCGCUUGAUAACAUGUGUAGAGGGUUAUCCCCGUUUGAUAACAUGCGGCGAGAACAAGGUUUUCGAUGAAAGUACACUUACUUGCGAAGAUCCAGAUUAUGUAUCCACCAAAUGUAACAGCAUUGGAAAAUAAUAUGGUUUACUCUCAUACUGCGAUGUUUUAAUAAUCUGUUUGUAUAUACAUACGUACUCUCUUGCCUUCUAUUUCGAAUAUUUUAUUACUGCUUUAUUUUUUGCUGAAAGCCAUCAAACGCAUGUCUACCGUAUCUACGUAUCCACAUCUCCAACUUUACUUUAUUACUAAUGUUUCAAUGUGUCCAAGAAAUUUUCUGCUAGCAUAAAUCUUAAAAACGAAUAUUAAAUCUUGUAAAAAUAUACAUAAAAAACAAAACAGCAUUAUUCGAUGCAAUAAAAUCUAUUUAUUUAACAUUA